AUGCUCCUCGCGGCCGUUGCGGCGCUUUUCUUGGCGGAAUUUAUCGCGUCGCCCGCGCAAAUUAACUCGCCGGCGCGGCUGGGGGACGGCGCGUGGUGGGCCGCGGCGUCCGCGGAACACGGGUGGCGGAAGGCGGGACCCGACGCCGGUGAUGCGCGGACGGCGGGAAUGGAAUGCGGAGGGGAGGAAGGUGCGGGGAAGGCGCAAGGCAAUGAAGGGCAGCGGGAGCAACAGCAGGAGCAUCAAGCGGAGUGGCCGCAGCAGACGGAGCAGCAGCAGGUCGCGUGGAGUGCGGUGGACGAGGCGAAGGCGCGAGAGAAUAAAGAGCGCGGCGAAGAGGGCGCAGCAGUGUCCGAAGGGUCUUCCGACGGAAGCAGCAGCGCCGCGGAGAGGGUGGGAGCGGCGCCGCCGCAGCCAUCGCAGCCAUCGCAGGCGCAGCUGUCGCCGCAGCAGCAGCGGGCGUACCGAGGCGAGAUGAAACGAGCAGCGGCGGCUGGCGAGCGGUACUACCUGGUGUGGUCGCCCACGUGGGACCGGUGCGUGGGGCAGUCGCACUGGUCGUGGACGCUCAAGUGCGUGGCGGCCGAGGCGAAGGCGCUGCAGCGCACGCUGGUUCUGGUGACGGAUAGAUGCCUGUCGCAGACGCACUCCAAGAGCGGACUCAUGGAGCACAAGCACGUGGGGCUGUACUACAAUCUGACCCACAUGAUGAGCCGGCAGCCAGUGAUGCUGUUGGAGCACUUUGAGGCGCGCUUUGGCCCAUGGCACACGGUGCCUCCGCUCUACUUCGACAUGGGCCCGCGCACGGGCAAGCUCGCGCAGCACAAGGACGCGUUCCUGGUGGUGCGCGUGCCACAGGAGCAGCAGUUCGGGUACAUGGUGUGCUACAAGGAGACCAACCAGGACGUGGUAACACCAGACCUGGACUUUCUGCGCCCCAUUGACCCGCACGUGAAGAUCGCAAUAACCAUGGCCAACGCCAUGGGCGGCCCGCAGCAGUUUGACUUUGUGCACGUGCGGCGCGGGGACAAGAUCAACCCUAAGCUGUGGCCCCAUCUCGACCACGACACGCGACCUAAGGCCCUUCUGCAGAAGCUCCCUUAG